AUGGUGCCGCUGCUGUCUCUCGAGCUCGGCGGCGCCGGCGAGGCGGGGAUCUCCGGGGCGGUUGCCGUGGCCCUGGGCGCCGGGGCUGGGGCCGGAGCGGCCUUCUGGGUCGGGGAGGGAGCCGGAGCGGAGGCCUGGAAGGCGUCGCGAGGGACUGCGCGGGGGAGACGCCAGGGCCCGGGGCCUUACGAUGAGGACGGUGGGGCGCCGGGUACCAGUGGCUGUUCGCGUGGGAGGGGCAAGGUGGCGUCGGCGGUUGCUGGUACGCGUCCAUGGAUCGGGGAGGCGAGGGGACCGAGCGGACGGGGAGGGAGCGAUUGGCGGCGUGGCCUUGCGGAGGCGGUUAUGGGUACGCGCGGGUGGGUAAAGAUUUCGCGGGGGGAAAAAAUACAGGUGUGGAAGUCGACGCAACACACAUAA